AUGUUCAGUGCGUCUGGUUUAGGCAGCCUCAGCCAACCUACCUUCGGGCCACCAGACCGUCAAUACGGGCCUCUGCAAUACAACGAGAGCCGGACCCAUCCUGUAGAUCAAUUGGUUCAGAACGCGGAGGCGUCAUGGUUGACUACGUUGUCAGUGCAGUCGCAAACGCUCGAAGCCGCAGUUCUGGAGUACAAACGCCGUUAUGGCUUGCCACCGCCUCCGGACUUCGACCGUUGGUAUGAGUUUGCGAAACGGAAAGGUGUGCAACUGACCGAUGAGUACGACUCCAUACAUCAUUCGCUCCUCCCGUUUUGGGCGCUUCCACCAGCAACAUUGCGGGCGCGUGUUCAAGAAGCACUAGGUUUCGGACCCAACAACCUCAUGGGCCUGCAGAUCAGGGGCGGCAAGGCUGCUUACGUUGAGGGGGGUCAAGAGUGGUUGCAGAAGGCCGUAGUGGGCAUGAUCGAAGAAUUUGUGCAUUACCUUCCAGACAUGGACGUUGCCUUCAAUGUCCAUGACGAGCCGAGAGUGGUAGUACCACAUGAUCAGCUAUCGCGACUGAUCGACAUGGCGAUUAACCGAACCACAUCGAUUGCGGCAGGUUCACCGAACCCCCGGAAUGCGUUCUCGGCAGGGCCGGCGGACCUCAAGAACAACAAGCGUUUCGCCGAAGUGAAGACAACCCGCUUCAACGUCUUUGCACACCAACCGACGUGGAUCCCAUCCCGCCUCUCAUGUUCACCGGAUAGCCUUUCAAGAGCGCUGGGUGAUCUAUCCUCGGACAACCUCACAGCUUAUGCGUUGGGCGAGCUUGGCUUCGUACACAACCAUACGGCAUUCACCGACAUCUGCAACUCGCCGUCGUUUGCUACAUCGCACGGUUUCUUCGACAGGCCAAAUGCUUUCAAUGUCAUCCACGAACUGUUUCCCAUCUUCAGCCAGAGUAAGAUGUCGAGUUUCCAAGACAUUCUUUAUCCGAGCCCGUGGUAUUGGUACGGCAAAGUCGCUUAUGAUGAGAAGAAAGACAUGGACUGGCAAGCGAAGAUCAACUCGCUCUUUUGGCGUGGCAGCACGACUGGCGGCUUUAGCCGCGACGGAGGUUGGAGGAGGCAGCACCGGCAGAAACUUGUUGCGAAACUGAACGCUUUGGACAGUGCCAAGAUCAUGCAGAACACGGACAAGUCGGACAGUACAGACGCUUCACCUGAUUGGAAGGCGAAGGAGGUGCCAAGGCAAGAUUACAAGCAGCUGAUGGACGUUUACUUCUCGCACGUCGGACAAUGCGACCCGGGUGACUGCGACGCACAACGGGAGUAUUUCCACAUUGCGAAACCGGUCGAUCAGCAGGACGUGUGGAAGUAUCGCUUUCUGCUCGACAUGGACGGCAACGCUUUCUCCGGCCGCUUUUACGCCUUCUUGAAAAGCAGAAGCCUUACGUUCAAGAUGGCGGUGUUUCGGGAGUGGCACGAAGAGUGGAUCAAGCCUUGGGUGCACUAUGUACCGCUUUCGCUGCGAGGCGAUGAAGCAUUGGAGGUUGUGCGGUACAUGAGCGCGGAAGAGGAAGGCAGGCGCCAGGCUGUUCGUAUGGCGGAGGUAAGCCAAGAUUGGGCGAACAAGGUAUUGCGCAACGAAGACUUUGAGGUCUGGCUCUUUCGUCUACUGCUCGAAUACGGCCGGAUUAUGGAUGAUAACCGUGAGAGCAUAGGCUACUCCGGACGUUGA